AUGGCCAUCACAAGUCUUCUCCUUGUUCUUCUAACCGUGAGAUACGCCGACUCAUUGCCCCUGUCUGCUGCAGGGAGAGAGAAGGCGACGGAGAACUGGCAACUCGGCAAGAAAUACCUGGAGCAGUUCUAUAACCUCCCAGCUGAGCUCAAUGGAGAAUUGACAGAUUCUGAAGUUGUAGAGCAGAAGAUCCGUGAGGUACAGAACUUCUUCCACCUGGAGGUGACGGGGAAGCUGGACACCAAAACCCUGGGGAUGAUGACCAAAGCCCGCUGUGCAGAGAGUGAUGUCGACCAGUUCAGAACCAAAUGGCUGAGCACUAACCUGACGUUUCGGAUAGUGAAUUACACCCCUGACCUGAAGAAGUCAGAAGUGGAUAGAGCCAUUCGCAAAGCAUUCAACGUAUGGAGCAGGGUGACUCCGCUGGUGUUCGAAAAAUUGUACAAGGGCAACGCAGACAUCAUGAUCAGUUUCGUGAGCAAAGAGCAUGGAGACAAUAACCCAUUUGAUGGCCCCGAGGGGCUUUUAGCUCAUGCUUAUGCUCCCGGGAAGAACCUUGGUGGUGACGUACACUUUGACGAUGACGAGAGGUGGACCAGCGACUCAACCGAGUACAACCUGUUCCUGGUGGCCGCCCAUGAGUUUGGUCACGCUUUGGGUCUGUCCCAUUCUACAGACCCUGGAGCACUGAUGCAUCCAAUGUACUCCUACAACCAGGGCUACCCCUUGUCUGAAUUGGACGUCCAUGAGAUACAAGCAUUGUAUGGCCCGAACCCCACAAUUCAGCAUGUGAAACCAAAACCUCGUGCCCCAGAGAAGUGUGACCCCAUGCUGAGCAUUGAUGCAGUGACAGAAUUAAGAGGAGAAAGAAUCAUUUUCAAAGACAGGUUUCACUGGCGUUUACACCCUCAGCAUUUUGAAGCUCACCAAGAACUGAUUAAAUUCAACUGGCCUUUCUUGUCAGAAAGAGUGGACGCAGCCUACGAGAGUCCCCAAAAAGACAGGGUGUUCAUAUUUAGUGGUAUCAGAAUGUGGGCCCUCAACGGAUAUACCCUGGAUGAAAGCUACCCGAAAUACAUCCACAACCUUGGUCUGCCCAAAAAUGUGCACAAAAUAGAUGCUGCUGUCAACAUCCAGGAUACCGGCAAGACCCUGCUCUUCUCUGAUGACCAGUACUGGAGUUAUGAUGAGGACAGUAACACUAUGGACACUGGAUAUCCAAGGCUUAUAGAGGAAGACUUCCCUGGUAUUGGGACAAAGGUGGAUGCUGCUGCCUACCAUUAUGGAUAUUUGUAUUUCUUCCACAAACAUCUUCGAUUUGAGUACAACUACAGGGAAAGGAGGGUCACUCAUGUUCUGAGUACCAACUCAAUUCUUAACUGCUAA